AUGCUUUCCACAAUGAUCCGCCCGGAGGACGCCAUCAGGAUGCCUCGUUCGUACCGCAGUGACGUGGACGAGGACGAUGCUAGCAGGCGAACUCCGGAACACAAUAUGCUUUCCUCUUCCUCGUCUUCUUCCAACAAUGAUGGAGCGGCAAAAGGCGAGGAUGAAAUUACACUGGUGAAUGGGUCUACCGGGGAUGGGCGCAGCAGUAGUCUGGGCAAGCAUCAGACGGGGCCCCGCCUUUUGUCGCCAGAUGAAACGAUUGAACUGGCUCAGCGUGCGGUGGAGAAUGGUAUCCAAGAGACCAAACGCUCCUUGGCCGGCAGUGAGGCAGUUAGCGAUGUGGUGAAGCCGAAGUUGACAAUCGAUCUGGGUCAUUCCAACAUUGUCCGCAUCCCGGAGACGGUAGUGGACACCAUUAAGGAUGAAGUUGAACGUCUCUCUCUAUCGAAUAAUCAUCUUUUCCAUAUCCCCUAUCGAUUUGCAGAAUGCUCCCAUCUUCGAUAUCUCAAUAUUCGGGCAAAUAGUUUUCGAGAAUUCCCCAAAGGGGUAUACAAAUUGCCGCUUCUUGAGAUUUUAGACAUCAGUCGCAAUAAGAUCAGCCAUCUCCCAGAAGAAAUCAAGAAACUGUCCUCUCUCCGGGUCUUAUCGGUAAUGCAAAACCGCCUUGAUGAUUUGCCUCUGGGGAUCUCCGAUAUGAAUAAACUUCAAAUUCUCAAAGUCGCCGGCAACCCCUUGCGGGGCCCCCUGCGACGGCUUCUCGAGACUUCCGAGACAGAAUUUGCCCCCUCGACAAUGACUGACAAUGAAAAAGAAGUCGCAGUCACUGCCGAACUCAAGAGGUUCUUGAAGACCAAACAGCCCGUUACGGCUCUGGAAAUUGAGAGGAACGAGCUCAGCGAGGGCAUGUUGGACACGCCUAAGCCCGUCAAACGCGGAGUGAGCAGUCGGUUUCCCGUAAUACCAAGUACUGGUGACAUCUCGUCCGAUCCCAAGUCGCCGUCGCUGUCUCGACCCCCGCCAAUCCCUCUCAAAUCUCACUAUCGCAUCGCUUCGGGCCAACACUCGGUCUUCCACAGCGGUUUCCUCCCACGCCCCGGUGCCAGGCCUAUUGCUGGAGUCAAUGAACGCAACCGGAGCAAUAGUGAAGGGAUCAUCCAGGCCUCUCUCGCGGCGCGCAACAAACGGAUGGGAGUCAUUCGGAAGAAUACCGAUUUAGGAACGCUGGAUGAGACACGGCCGUAUCGAAACAGUCAUUUACGGGGUCUCAGUUACGGCUCGAUCCUUCGGACGCGGCCCAUUGCGGCCGUGUGUAACAGCAACUCCUCCAGUCCCAGUAGCCCGAGGGAACGCAGGCGCUUAAAGGAUGGCUUUGUCAAUCGAAUGUCGAGUCUGCCGGAACACAAGGGCGAAAAAGAAACAGUAGAGCCUAUCAUCGAGUGCGCGAAGGGAAUCCUCUUUGCCCUGUUCCAGGUGCAAUCAAACGUUUAUUCACUGAUCAAUGUGAUCAAACGCGAUGACGCUCGGCGAAAUAGCCUCGAAAUCGUCUUUUACAAUGCCUCUACACACGUGGAGCGGCUGAAUGAGGCUAUUGAAAAUGCGGAACACUAUCGUUCCGACGACGCGGACGCAGCGCGAAUGGCGAAAGAGGCUGUUAAAAGGGAAUGCGAGACAUGCAUAAUCGCGUACACCCAUGUUGGAAUCCAACUGCGUAACAGCAUCGACAAGAUAGUCACCAAUGGGGAUCCACGCUAUCUACGUUCCUUGAUGCUUAUGAUCUUUGGCAGCGUAGUUGAACUGCGCAACGCCUGUGCAAGCUUGCGCGUUCCACUCCAAACUCGCAAGCGGCCUUCUGUGGCGAAACCAUCUAUACCGGAAAUCAAAGAGUCGACGGGUCCGGACCGAUUCAUUGGGCCUACCGUCACUCCGACAAGGGGGAGAGAGCAAUCUUUGUCGACGCGUCGGUUCCGAAGCGACACCACAAUUCAGCACCCUCUGAUCACUACGACCGGACCCUUCCAGGCGGCCCAGAACUACCAGUCUGCUGUCAGCUCGCCUGGUUUUGCUCCAACGCCUUUUAGCUAUGGAGCAAGGAGUCGGUCGAGCAGUAGGUCUAAUCAUAUUAAUACCUCCGUGCCCUCUUCACUCGCAACUCCUCGUUCAGGCGAGUCAUUUCCCCCGAUGCCCAGCGCCGUUGUACCUCGGAUCAAUCCCUUGACGGGUCUGGAUGAAAUUGAGGAGGAGCGCAUCUUCGAGAAGAUCUUCUACCAGCUUACCUCUGCGUACACCGCCGCCCUGCAUGCGCUGCCUUUGGCGCGCCGUCAGCUGGUGCGAUGCCAUGAGGCAGCGGAGCAAGGACACGAAUCUGAAGGCAUCGUGAUGCUAUGGAAUAACCUGAUUCGCCGGUGUCGGGUAUGCUUGGAAGUGUCUGAGGCACUGGGACUUCGUCUGUCCAGCAUGAAAGUCAAGGAGCCCGGCGGCGGCAUGCGGAACCAGCGCGAGUUCUGGCAACUCUGCAAGACGUUCAUGCAGUCCUUUGUCGACCUAGUUACCGACAUGAGAGAAGUUCGAGGCAUGCAGCUUCUUCCUGGUGACCUUGUUGUGCUUCUCCGUCCAGUGCAGAGAGCCAGCAGGGAAGCUGGUCGGUUGAUUGAUGCUUCACCCUGGUCUUAUCUAGCAGAUAUGGCCCCAGGCAAUGCACCAGCAAACAUAUACGGGCCUCCGUUGCAAUCCCAGCAUUUGCAGCACCAGCCAUCCGUGUCCAACUCGAGCAACUUUCAUAUCAACUCGAGCGUAUCACCACAAUCCAUUCAUCUCCCCGCCACACCGCUGAGUGCUGCCCUUGGCCCGGCUGCGCAGGCGACUGUGCCAUCUACCCCCGCGAGUGCGUACAGUGAUAAAUUCUUCGAAGGAGAUGUAUUUCAGAGAGCUGAGUCACUGCUCUCGAUGCCCAAUCAGGCACCGUUCUUCAGUCGACGGUGA